AUGAGACUCACGAUCUACCGGGAGCUAGAAAUGACAGAGGAAAGUUGGCAUAUGGGUCAAGGCGUAUAUGUGUGCAGCAGUAGCACGACGUCGACAGAGAGACGGAUUCUGUUCUCAUCCGGCUCCAACGCUCGAGGCCAGCUAGCUACAGGCGACAUCAACGAUGCCCACGUAUUCACGCCAUGUCUUUUUCACGGAUGUCUCCCUGGGCAGCUGCCAGACGGCACCACCGCGAUCACGAACGUCGCCUGCGGCGCGAACCAUACCCUUGCUCUCCUCACGCGUUAUGACUCACAGGAAUUGUGGGGAUGCGGCGAUGGGCGCAGGGGACAGCUAGGUCCUUCAUACGCGCAUGGUGAUGCAGACUCCGGGUCCGGCGCGGUAUUCAGGCCGCUUGACCUUCGUCUCGAAGGACUGUCGCUGGAGAUGUACGCGCCGCGCUUGGUAGCGGCCAGCUGGGAGACAUCGUACGUCGUAUUCUCAUGUACAGACAGGAGCGACGUGCUCAUCUCCAUGGGUGCGGACGACUUCGGGAAUCUUGGCGCUGGCGGCGGCAAGGGCACGCAAACGGCGGUGCGGUCUCUACACUUCGUACCACUGCUCGACGCCUUUUCCGACGUUCCUACGGGGGAGAACGUCAUGCUGUCUGUACAAGCGUUAGACUCGGGUCCACAUCAUGUUGUCGCGGUGGUCAAGCUCACGUCGGCAGACGGCUCUACCACGGAAGGCAUCGUGGGCUGGGGCACCUCUAGGCAUGGUCAGCUCAGCUCAGCGGGCCCUAGCGCAAGUCUGCUUCCUCUGUUCCAUGCCGCACCGCACUUUGUUUGCCUGGACGACACUACCAAGGCUCUCGGCCACGUUGCUCAUGUUGCUCUCGGAAACCAACAUACUGUUUUCCUGCAUUCGUCAGGCCGACUGACGGGCAUGGGCUCAAAUCGAAAGUCUCAGCGGGAGCUGUUGUGGGGCGUCAGGGAUGCGCACGAUAUCGCAUGCACUUGGAAUGGGACGUAUGCUGUCAUCCGGGAUGGCGCCGUCGACAAGGUGGUGGCGACGGGGAGCAAUAACCACGGUCAACUCGGGCGAGGGAUGAACGAGCCGACUGGCAAGCUCGGACAUGUCGAAUUUCCCCUCCCAGCUGCGUCAUCCAGGAUCGCGAAACUGGCGUGUGGGAGCGAACAUGUCUUGUGCCUGCUUGACGUGGACUUUGAAGGGGCCUUACGGAGGGAGGUAUGGGGGUGGGGGUGGAACGAGCACGGCAAUCUCGGGACCGGGUCGACGGAGGACGCCAGCGUCCCCCUACGGGUCUGGCCGCCGCGUGGGGUCGAUUCGGGAACGCGAGCGGUCAACGUAUGGGGAGGCAACGGAACGAGCUGGAUCCUCGUGGAACGAUGA